AUGGCGGACGACGACGUGCUUUUCGAGGAUGUCUACGAGCUGUGCGAGGUGAUUGGGAAGUAAGUGUCAGCAUAUUUUUAUGAACUGAACAAUGAUAAUAAAUGAAACCUCUUGUUUGCAUUGAAUGCAUUGUAUUGCGAGAUGCCCUGCUCUAUGUGUGUGUCUCUGCCUGUAUUUUUUUCUGUAUGGAAGCAAUUGCCUUACAAAUAUUAUUUCCCACCACCAUCAUGACAGCUGUUUUACUUGGCCUACUUGUAGGUGAGUUGGUCAUACAAAACCUCACACUACCCAUCUAUUGACAGGCCUAUGUAAAAUCACUUACACACUAACGAGUUCAAUAAGCAUAUGUUCAAUAAAUGGGAAACCAGUUAGGCCUACUGACUUGGUGAAGCCCCAUAAUGUGUGGUGAAGCCCCAUAAUGUAUGGUGAAGCCCCCCGUUUAGUUCAAGAGCCAAGUGCAUUGUUUUAUCUGGGUAGGAUAUCUUAAUUUACCAUGGCAGGAGAGAAUAUAGCUUUCCAAAUUGAAGUUAAUUGGCUCACGCAUAUUCAAAACAUUUCCAAAUCUAGAUCCAGUGCCAGAGAUGAAGAGAAGGCACUACUUCAUUAAUGUUUUGUGCAUCCAUUCAGCUUUCUCAGAUAGACACAAAUUAUUUUGAUGAGGAGGUACUGGGCGGCAGGUAGCCUAGUGGUUAAAGCGUUGGGCCAGUAACUGAAAGGUCACUGGUUCGUUCGAAUACCCGAGCCAACAAGGUGAAAAAUCUGUCAAUGUGCCCUUGAGCAAGGCACUUAACCCUAAUUUGCUCCAGGGGUGCUGUACUACUAUGGCUGGCCCUGUAAAACAAAGCAUUUCACCACACCUAUCCGGUGUAUAUGACAAUAUAACAUCUUAUUAUUUUACUACAAAUAGGCCUAGUGACACAUUUGUGGUUUGGAACAGAGGCUCUAUACGUUUCAAAAGCUGGGCCAUUUCUAGUUUUAAGUUGAAAUGUAAACGGGCUUGGCAACUACAACUAGGCCUAUAACGAUCUCCACAACUACUACAGUCAACACCAUUACACUCUUCUCUCAGAUUCAGAUGCAGGGUUAUUAUAGUCAUAAUCAUUGAGUAUCAUUGGCCAUUUGGGACAAGACAUUGGCUGCAGAUCGUCAUUACGAUGAUGUCACACACUACUUCUUGAUCCUACUUUAAGAGAUGGAGCAAAUGCUCCUGGGGAGGAUGAAACCUCUUCACCAGAAUAGAUUCACAUUCAGUGUUUUGGGUAUACUGCUGUGUUCUAUGGCUGCACCUGUGUUCUGAUAUCAUCACGCACUGGUACUCAUUGUUCCUGCCCUGUCAAUUGCAGACCAGUCUAUUGAUCCCCACCAACCAGAGGUGGCCAAUCCUAUUGUUGAUGGGCUUUUAAGCAUUGCACACGCAGUUAAUGAUCUUGUUUAUCCCUGAUCUAUUUAGGCUGGAUUUGUCUAACAAAGAGACUUAGGAGGCAACCUAAUUUAACCCUAGAUUGACAAUUAGUCUAAAAUCUAAAGUAGCAACUCUGGGUUUAGGCCAAUUCAGUAAAAACCGGUUACGAGAUUUCCAGAAUAAGUGACCAAAUGUUUAAAGCGCCUUCUUCCCAGUUCCAACUCUGAGAGAAUUGAUAGGCCCAGGUGCAGUCCAGUUUUCUAUCUGUUUCAUACUAUAAACAUUGAUUUAUAGAGCACAUAAAUCCUAAGAUGCAUUCUUGCAGGAACAAGGUGGUUUUUGAUUGAAGAGGGCCUCUUCUAUUUGGUGCAGGCCAUUGUUGUGGCUGAUGAUCACACCCCUUCAUAUGGAGACCAGGCAGGCAGGCAGCUGUAGUCUUGGAGCUGGCCUAGCUCCCCUCCCCCUCUACGCUCAGUCGAGAUCUGUGGGUCCAUUAGGGUCCAGGCUGAGACACAUGCUGAUUGCUCUUCAGCCCCUCAGGCUCUACUCUUUGUUUGGGGGCGCUCUCUGCUUCGGUUUACUCCUCACUCAGUGACUGAUCUAGGAUCUGGUCUACUUGACCCAGUCCUAGUGUUAGACGUUAUGAGGUGGGUGACAAUACUGGUCUCGGGACAGCUGUUAAAUAAGUAGCCGCCCAGGGCAUACCUUGGUGCAGCAACGCAGAGAGGGCCUCUAGUCAGUGGAGCGUACACCGUGACUAUGUUAGCAGCAUGAUCAGAAAGGGCUUCAUGGCCUCCUACCUUCCCUUUCCCAACAUCAUUUGUUCCUCCUUUCAUCCUUCCUUUCUCACUCAGUUGUCAGGGCACAAGGAGGUAUUUUACCCAAACAGCUACGCUACCUUGUUUAUUUCACUCUACAUCACCAGGUUCGGUUUAGUGAAGCAAAUAUUUUCUUAUAAACUUGAUCAUAUCCCAGCUUUGGGAAAGAGAGCCGAACAAAAAAGCACGAUUCCAAAUCGAUUCUCUCCACCGGCGAUGUAGCCUAGUUUGACAGUUAUGCGAUUGUCAGACAAAAGCACUUUGAGUACCAGCCAGUGUCUUUUUAGGUAGAGAACUCUGCCAGCCUCUCCUGCUGAAAGCUGGGGAUCAUUUUCCUCAGCCCAGGGUGAAGGGAGGGGAGGCUGAGGAAGAUCAUUGGAGACAAUGGAGGGUUAGGAAUAGGAUUGCCCCGAGGCUGGAUAUAUAACUAAUGUCAGCAAGGCGCUGCCGCACUCCAGGGCUGACCUCUUCCUGUAAACCACACUGCCUGUCAAGAAGAGCUAGGGAACCAACGAACAGAGGCUUAGAACUCCUCUCCUGCUAUCCCUUGCUCCAAUUGGUUCAGACGUUUUCGUUCCCUUGUUAGUGCAUGGGGAGUGUUCGAUGAACUGAAGAUGUGCUGUGUUCGCCACUCAAGGGUCUGUAUAGUCAGGGACGUUUAAAGCGGCGUUGAGACGGCAACAAAUGUUUGUCACCAUGUGACGGCUGUGCUUAGUCGGAUGCGAUUUUUCAGCCUAACAUUUUUUUUUUUCCGCUUCUAGUGUUGCCUGUGCUUCCAUGCAUGGCUCUGAGAAUCAACAUUCCCAUAUGUAGUGUAAUAUAGUCUGGAUGUGUUUACCAGAUUUGCCUCCAUACAUGUAGCCUUAACAAUAACUGCCAAUGGAAUGCUCACUUCACAUGUGGCUUAUAGCCCUCUGAGGAUGUUUGUGAUCUAAAACAUACUUUUUUUUUUUUGACGAGAGACAUUUGACUGACAAUGUAGAUCUGUGAAUGAUUGUGAAUGAUACUGUAAGUCGCUCUGGAUAAGAGCGUCUGCUAAAAUGACCAACUUUUUUUAUUUUUUUAAAUAAUAAUAAUAAUUGAAAUGGUGUGGUGACACUUACCGAAGUAGGUGUGACACUCCGCCGACAGCGUCUGGUAUAGUGUAAAUAGACAUGUCAACCAGCGACAUAUGCAGGUGUUCGUGUUAGCUGAUAAGGGAAUUGUCUUGGGCUAGUACACUCGCACAGCAACACACCUCCGCUGUAAUUUGUCUAAGGUUGGCCGACAGUGUGGAGGUUUGGGGUUGGCAGAAGGCCUUUGGGAUGACUGUGCCUUUGUUUCGCCUCACUUCCUGAGCUGGAGGAGUGUUUUAAUCUCUCUGUUAUUUCUACCUAAUCUCUUUUAAUAAACUGGGUGGUUUGAGCCCUGAAUGCUGAUUGGCUGACAGCUGUGGUAUAUCAGACCAUAUACCACGGGUAUGACAAAACAUUUAUUUUAAAAAAAUUUUACUGCUUUAAUUACGUUGGUAACCAGUUUAUAAUAGCAAUAAGGCACCUCGGGGGUUUGUGAUAUAUGGCCAAUAUACAACGGCUAAGGGCUGUGUCCAGGCAUUCCGCGUUGCAUCGUGCCUAAGAACAGCCCUUAGCCGUGGUAUAUUGGCCUUAUACCACACCUCCUCGGGCCUUAUUGCUUAAUUAUAGCGCUUGCUUCCAGAUCUCGUUCAGUAUCUCACAACAUUUAAUCUAGGAAACACCCCGGUACAGUAUGACUAAAGCAUCUGCCAGAAAAAGGGAUCCAUUCUGAAGAAUGAAGAUGACCGUUCCCAUCAGAUACGCUCAUCUUUUGUCUUGACUCACCAGUUGACCCUUGAUAUUUUCCCCUUGUAAACAUGUACGUCAGACCAAUUAUCCCCCACCACCACCACCACACACUUCCAUUGUAGUGUCCGCCUCUACUCUUCUGUCUGUGAUCCUCCUUGUGUAGGAGUCAAGGGAGGUGACUGGGUGGGUGACUGUGUGGGUGACUGGGUGGGUGGGGAGGAUUGCCAGUAGGGUCAAGCUCUGACGAUAACCUGCUAGUUGACUAUUACAGUAUGUUCAUUGUUCUCUGAGGUGUAGCUUACUGUACACUUAGCUGAAUGGGGUGUUCAGUCUCACUAUCUGGAACAUUCUGAAUCGACCAGAAUGGAACCCUCCCCCCCUGGCUCUCUGUUGGAAUCGAGUUCCUCCGGAUCCAUACACAGUUGGCUGACGGCCAGCUAGUGCCAGGCUCUCCUCUCCUUUCUCCUCCUUUAAGAAAGUUAAAAGGAGACGUGGACUCCCAUUUUUGAGAGUAUUGGUAGACAUUAUUUGAGUUACUCGGAUACCCAUUUGAGAGUAUUGGUAGACAUUAUUUGAGUUACUCGGACCAAUUGCUUAGCUAUUUGUCUACUGCAGGACCAUUGGGAGUAGGCCUACUGGUGCUUUUGGAAGCAAACCUUUGUAAAAUAUAUAAAAAUGAGAUAUCUUCCGAUUUAGUUUGAAUAAUUUUGGUAAAAACAAAUGCAUAAACAGAUUGGACAAAGCACAGUAGCCUAGGCGUGACCCUCUAAAUGAGCAGUGAACUAAGGCCCAUUGCCUAUUCAGCCAUUAUUCUGACAAAGGAUGGCACAAGGCCUUACUCUUCACUGCAUCCUUAUCUGUCUGAGAGAAGUAAAUCUCACGCAAACGGGUUAUGCAAUCCUACUUAUUAGCCCAUUGUGUGUGUUAUAUUUCAGUAAAACACAGUGACAUGCUCAUGCCGGGCAUUUAUGCUCCAGUUGAAGGGGAUGGGCGAGGCGUGGGUAAUUUGAGCCGUCUCUGCUCAUAAUGAUUCUCUCUACAUGGGAAUAGUAAUGCAGACGAGUGCAACUGGGAUCACACGUGGCUCUCCAUUCUGGCUCUGGGGUACUCAUUAGGGCCAGGAAGGAUUGGAAUAUUGUCAGAAUGGCUAGGAACCGGUGGAGUGAUCAGUACUCUGGCUCGCGUUGGCUCAGCUAAUUACACAUCAACUGCUAGCCUAGCCUACGUUUUAAUGCUUUGUAUCGCAUUGAUCUCAUUAAAUUUAAGCAGUUUUUUUUAAAGCAGUUUUUCUUAAUUAAUCCAUAGCUCUACAUACAAUAAACACAUUUGCUACACAUAAAGCUAACUACCAUUUGUGUGUGUGUGUGUGUGUGUCUUAUAGCCUCUAAUGGAUUCUCUGAGCAACCGUAACACUCAGUUCAUUCAUUACUGAUAGAACAUAGGAAAGCUAAGCUAUCCCUGAACAAACAUAACAACAAACCCUUCACCGUCUUUCCUCUUCCUGUACUGUGCAUGUGUCUUGGGCCCACUCAUUCACAGACAGUUUAGCCUACACCCUCAUCUACAGGUCUAGGAACUGUUCUCCACCUCAGCCAUUAUGAUGAGAUGAGUAAUGUAACUGACUCUAGGCAUGCUGUUAAGAUUCUCCAUCUGCCAACACCUCCCGAGGCACUUCUCAGAAUUCUAGAUUCCUUCUAACUUUCUCUUCUCUCGUUGUUUCUUGUCGUCACUAUUUGUCAGGAAGUGUGUGGUCAGCUCCUAACAGAGAGUGGACUCUGGGGAGUUUGGCCUGGCUGAUUUAUUCUUACCAAUGGGUUUGGGGACUGCUCUGAGAACAGCGGACUCGGAGGUGAUAUCGAAUUUGGUCUCUGCUUGUCUAAGGGCUCCUGGGCUUCCAGUGUCUGACUCUGGUUAUUUCCCAAAAAGUGCCUAAUUUCCUUCCUUCCUUCCUUCCUUCCUUCCUUCCUUCCUUCCUUCCUUCCUUCCCCUCUCUUUACCUCUCUAUGUACUUUUGCCUGCUUUCUUCCUCUCUUUCCUUUGAUUCUCCUCCUCUCUCCUUACCUCCCUACAUACGUUUUCCUCUUUUACGUAACACAAUCUGAUCUGAUUCUGAAAGGGAUGUUGUAGGUAAAAGAAACACGAUGGUUGGGUGCAUUUAAUUGGUAGUUCAGCUCUCAGACUACCGUACUUGAGUCUGGGAGAGAAGUGGAUAUCUCUGCUCUGAGACUGGCUGAAUGUCCUGGAGGUAUUUCGGCCUGUGAAUUUCAGACGCACUCCGGUGCAGCAGGAUGAAUACUAAUUCCCCACCAUGAAUAUUCAAAAGGUUGUUCUCUUCAAGUAACCAGUAAAUUAAACCAAGCAGAUAUUUAGGGCCUUGUGUGUUCUUCCACUUUCCUACCUCAAGACACUUGGCAUUUUAGAAGGUGUUUGGCGCAAUUAGUGUCUACACAGUUUGGGCAUCGGGGACUAGUUAAAUGAACUCCGCCUCGUUGUUUUUAACACCAUUGUUGGACUGUAAUCGGACUCUGACACAAAAAGAGUAAGUAUGAGUCACAUUCUUAGCCUACUUCAAUGCAAGGCAACGUUCCCUUACUCCUCACUACUAGGGAUGUGAGAAGUUGACAAUUUUGCUUAACGUUUAAACUGCCAUUUAAACAGUCAUUUUUGAAAUCGGUUUUCCGUUAAAACUAUAAGAAAAAAAUCAUACACAUUUCACGUCAUUUCACAAUGCAGAAUAAUGGUCCCAUUAUGACCGCUAGGACCGGGCAAUGACGUUAAAUCUACCGCAGUCACCAUUGAAAGCGCCUUGGCUACGGCAUGUCUGUCUGUAAGGGUACUCUACAGCUUUUUAAAUACCGACACAAAACCUUCUCUGGAGAUUUUUACAUUUUUAGUCAUUUAGCAGACGCUCUUAUCCAGAGUGACUUACAGUUAGUGAUUACAUUUUUUUUUUUUAUACUGGCCCCCCGUGGGAAUCAAACCCACAACCCUGGCGUUGCAAACGCCAUGCUCUAUCAACUGAACUACAUGCCUGCCGGCCAUUCCCUCCCCUACCCUAGACGACGCUGGGCCAAUUGUGCGCCGCCCAUGAGUCUCCCGGUCGCGGCCGGCUGCAACAGAGCCUGGAUUCGAACCAGGAUCUCUAGUGGCACAGUUAGCACUGCGAUGCAGUGCCUUAGACCACUGCGCCACUCAGGAGUACAAUGGUGGAGUACAAUGGUGGUUUAGAAGCGCCACUGAACGGGAGUUUUACUUGUCUGUAAAGGAAUGGUGCUUCUGAAGGGGGACUAAAGUCCAUCAGUAGGCGACCAGAACUGUCAAUCAAAUAAUCUGGAGCUGCCAGCCUACCUGCUGCCUGUGAACAGAUCACUCCUAAAUAAAGUACUUUAAAGUUUGUUAAAUACCGUGAUUUACCAAGACAUUUAGUAGAAAGAAAACAAGACUGAUUAGUUGCCGUACUUCUGAGAACACAAACACUCGCAUCUUUCAUAGCGAGCUAGCGAGGGAGGGGAGGGGCAAAUUCUAGGGUAAUACUAACACUGCAGGGGUGUGCUGAACGUGGGAGGAGGCCCAUGUUGUGAGCACAGCUGUGCCUAUGUCAUCAAAGAGUGCAUACUGACUCUCCCCCUCCCUCUCUCUCCUUCCUUGCACUCCUUCCCCCGUGGAAUGACACUCCUGCGUGUGAUCGCUUGCCUUGGCACGUUCCAGGGGUGGGGGGUUUGGCGGGGUCAGUUCCAUUUGAACUCACUCAGUCUACAUUCGGCAACUAGGGGGAUGAAUUGCAAUUCGAUUCACGAAUUCAAAUUGGGCAGCUAGUCUAUCAUCUUCUGUGAGGAUAUUUGAAUUCUUGAGCUGAUUUGAGAUGAAAUUGACCUCCAACCUCGCUGAGUUCCCCAGGCCUUUGGCUCGUCACAGUGUCAUGGAUAUUAUGGUAGGUUUAUUGAUGCUUAGGCUGGGCAAUACUAGUCCAGUCCAAUUCUACACCCAUCCCCUUACCUCCAUUCCCUACCACUUCAGUGUUUUGUUUGUGUAUUAUUUCAAAAAACAAUUUUUUAGGGUAGAUCAGCUUUAAUAUUGCAGAUAGAUUGUAACUUCCAUCAAUGUAAUUGUCUGCAUCACUUCCAAUCCCCCAUGUUUUUUUUCUCUCGCAAAUAUAUAUAUAUAUAUAUAUAUAUAUAUAUAUAUAUAUAUAUAUAUCCUUAAAAAAAAUAUAUCCUUUAAAAAAAUAUAUUUCCCUUUAUUACUUUCCAACCCCACCACCACUACAGUGUUUGCAGACCUAGGUGUUAACAAUAUGGUAGAAUAAAAUCAUAAUCCAUAUGAAGGCUAGGUGUAGCCCACACCUUAUUGCUUACACCUCCUCUGUCCCUUCAAUCUGCCGUACACCGUAGGAGGAGCUAGGGUGGAAGGGAACCAGUGUUACACCGUAGGAGGAGCUAGGGUGGAAGGGAACCAGUGUUACACCGUAGGAGGAGCUAGGGUGGAAGGGAACCAGUGUUACAAACCGUAGGAGGAGCUAGGGUGGAAGGGAACCAGUGUUACACCGUAGGAGGAGCUAGGGUGGAAGGGAACCAGUGUUACACCGUAGGAGGAGCUAGGGUGGAAGGGAACCAGUGUUACACCGUAGGAGGAGCUAGGGUGGAAGGGAACCAGUGUUACACCGUAGGAGGAGCUAGGGUGGAAGGGAACCAGUGUUAAACACCGUAGGAGGAGCUAGGGUGGAAGGGAACCAGUGUUACACCGUAGGAGGAGCUAGGGUGGAAGGGAACCAGUGUUACAACCGUAGGAGGAGCUAGGUGGAAGGGAACCAUGUCACGUAGAGCUGGUGGAAGGAACCAUUUACCGUAGGAGAGCUAGGGUGGAAGGGAACCAGUGUUACACCGUAGGAGGAGCUAGGGUGGAAGGGAACCAGUGUUACACCGUAGGAGGAGCUAGGGUGGAAGGGAACCAGUGUUACACCGUAGGAGGAGCUAGGGUGGAAGGGAACCAGCAGUUGUUUUUCAGCUUGUGCCUCUUUCCUUCCUUUGUCUUAAUGAGAUAAACGGCUGUCAGCCAGGGCUGUCUUUCAACCCCACCGGAGAGGGGGAGGGGGGGGAUUUGAGGGAGUCUUGCACUGUUUUCACAGAUUGAGUAAUGUCUGGGGGAUAUUUUCUUUAGCAUAUGGGUCAGUCUUCCCCCUCCCUCCCACCAGAGGCAGAGAGCUGGGUUAAUCAUUAUAGUAGGAGAGGCCUACACAUGGUGUCUGUAACCCCCUACCUAUUGGUUAGUAUUUAUAGGCUUUCAGGUUGUAGGCCUAUUUUAUAGGAAACUUUUAUGAAUUAGCCUUAACUCUGUUAUGAUGGAGUUGGAAUCCCUGCCACUGAGUUUUAUGCAUUGCUGUUUAGUGAUGGCUCUUAUUUCCAUGUGUGUGUGCUGUCAGAUGCCUUUCAGUCACGCGUCUUUGUCAGCAUCAGUGUCACUGCCACAGCCUUUAAGAUUAUACUGAGCGGGACAGCUGAGCACAGUGUGCAAUGGGGACUUGCGUGCGAGGGUGUGUGUGUGUGUGUGUGUGUGUGUGUGUGUGUGUGUGUGUGUGUGUGUGUGUGUGUGUGUGUGUGUGUGUGUAAAUGUGUGCGUUUGUUCUGGGUUUAUUUCCUCUACUACUGUUUUUCCUCUGUGUGUGUGUGUGUGUGUGUGUGCGCCCCACAGUCCCUUUGGGAUUUCCAACCUUGCCCAAUGCCCAGUACACUUCCCUGCCGUACCGUAUCCUCAACCCAAACCCAACACCCUGGUCCAAGGCCCCUGUCAGCAAUGCUAUUUCUCCCUGCCUCGAGGCCUCUGGAAUGGGGCUUUUAUUUUAGUCUUCACAGCUGUGCUCACCACUGCUCUGUAAUUCCCCAGGCGGAGGAGAGGAGGCUAGGCUACGUCGCUAGCUGCUACAGCUCCAGCAUUAUGCUCCCUCAAAUAGGCUCCAUCAUAUUCAGGGCUGUUCCCACUGCUACCACCUGCUGUUCAUGGCUGUUGGGUUCUUGUUACUGCAAUGUGAUUACUGAAGGCCUACAGGGAAGAACAGAGAGAAUGUAAAGGUGCCAGAUAUAUCCAAGGAUGAAUUCCAAAUCGACCCCUUCCCCCUAUUCCUAAGGCACUGGUGUAGAUCUGGAAUUGCUGUGUGUGUGUGUGUAAACGUGACUAACCCACUGUGUUUUCUGUCUUCCAGGGGUCCCUUCAGUGUGGUGAGGCGCUGUAUCAACAGGGACACAGGGCAGCAGUUUGCGGUGAAGAUCGUAGACGUGGCCAGUUUCACCUCCAGCCCUGGCCUCAGCACAGAGGGUAAGGAAGAGUCACACUCGCGCACUGUGUGUGUGUCUGGGUAAAGCGCACUGUGUGUGUGUCUGGGUAAAGCGCACUGUGUGUGUGUGUGUGUCUGGGUAAAGCGCACUGUGUGUGUGUGUCUGGGUAAAGCGCACUCUGUGUGUGUGUGUGUCUGGGUAAAGCGCUGAUGCAUACUAACUUUCCACGCAGUUUCGUGCCGUUUCAUGCUGUUCUGUGUGUGUGUGUGUGUCACACUGUGAUGGCAGUGCCCUGGGUUUUGGCGUUCAUGGUGUGCCAUCUGUGAAGCUCCGGUCAGAGCUGGGCCCAAGAGCCAAGGACCGGAACAUAAGGAAAUGGAAAGAGAGAAUUGUUUGUGUGUGUGAAAAUAUUGAUAGCGAUAGAGGGAGAGGGUCUGGAAGAACCUAGUAAACUGAUAGAGGGAGAGGGUCUGGAAGAACCUAGUAAACUGAUAGAGGGAGAGGGUCUGGGUCUGGAAGAACCUAGUAAACUGAUAGAGGGAGAGGGACUGGGUCUGAAGAACCUAGUAAACUGAUAGAGGGAGAGGGUCUGGGUCUGAAGAACCUGUAAACUGAUAGAGGGAGAGGGUCUGGGUCUGGAAGAACCUAGUAAACUGAUAGAGGGAGAGGGUCUGGGUCUGGAAGAACCUAGUAAACUGAUAGAGGGAGAGGGUCUGGGUCUGGAAGAACCUAGUAAACUGAUAGAGGGAGAGGGUCUGGGUCUGGAAGAACCUAGUAAACUGAUAGAGGGAGAGGGUCUGGGUCUGGAAGAACCUAGUAAACUGAUAGAGGGAGAGGGUCUGGGUCUGGAAGAACCUAGUAAACUGAUAGAGGGAGAGGGUCUGGGUCUGGAAGAACCUAGUAAACUGAUAGAGGGAGAGGGUCUGGGUCUGGAAGAACCUAGUAAACUGAUAGAGGGAGAGGGUCUGGGUCUGGAAGAACCUAGUAAACUGAUAGAGGGAGAGGGUCUGGGUCUGGAAGAACCUAGUAAACUGAUAGAGGGAGAGGGUCUGGGUCUGGAAGAACCUAGUAAACUGAUAGAGGGAGAGGGUCUGGGUCUGGAAGAACCUAGUAAACUGAUAGAGGGAGAGGGUCUGGGUCUGGAAGAACCUAGUAAACUGAUAGAGGGAGAGGGUCUGGGUCUGGAAGAACCUAGUAAACUGAUAGAGGGAGAGGGUCUGGGUCUGGAAGAACCUAGUAAACUGAUAGAGGGAGAGGGUCUGGGUCUGGAAGAACCUAGUAAACUGAUAGAGGGAGUGUGUCUGGUUCUGGAAGAACCUAGUAAACUGAUAGAGGGAGAGGGUCUGGGUCUGGAAGAACCUAGUAAACUGAUAGAGGGAGAGGGUCUGGGUCUGGAAGAACCUAGUAAACUGAUAGAGGGAGAGGGUCUGGGUCUGGAAGAAGCUAGUAAACUGAUAGUGAGAGAGAGUCUGGGUCUGGAAGAACCUAGUAGAGGGAGAGAAUACGUGCUAAUCAGAGAGGGGGAGAAAGGUAGAGAGGAAGCGGUAGAGCAACAGAGUAGAGAGAAGGCUAGAGGGAGAGGCCCUCCACUGUGUUUGAAUGCUGAGAGGUUCAUUUCUAGCUCAAGAGUUGUGCUGAAUGGAACUCGUAAAUGUCACUUUCAUUUAAAACCCCCACAGCGCUGGCAGAAAAGACAGUUGGACCCCCGAUGAAACUAACCUCUCCCUCCCCUCCCGCUGUAGUUUUACAGAAACUCACAGAAAACAGUCGUGUUAAUUGUGUGCGGUGACAUUUUGAGUUAGCAAUCAGACUGUGGGCUUCAUUGAACAUGAAUGAGCGCGUAUAGAGAGCACAUCUAUGCUGCUGCGCUGCCCACUAAGUCCAUACUGUCAGACUAUACCCUCCUCAGUUACUACCUUGUAUCAUGAUGUGUUCUGUUUUUCUCUCUCAUGGUCUCCUACUCUUCUUCUGUGUAUGAGAGGGGGGGGGGGGAGGAAUGAGAGAGAGAGACUCAACACAGAGAUAGUGAGAGAAUCAGGACGGAGUCUCUGGGUCUUGCGUCAUGAGCUAGGCCCGUCACAACACAGCACACACACACACACACACACGUUCGUGGUCUCUGCAGACUAGUAGACUGGAGGGGAGUGUGUAAAUGAGGUCUCUAUAGGGUGAAGUGAACUGCAGAACAGAAGAGAACAACAGUGCAUUGUGUCUGACUGGGUCCAACUCCAGACCAGACCUCUAGUACCACAUGAGCUCCCACAGCUUCACUUUUCAACUAUUUCCACCCCCUUCGGUGUGUGUGUGUGUGUGUGUGUGUAAUGUGUGCUUCUUCUGCUGCUUAGUCUUUGCUGCUUCCUUGUGUGUGUGUGUGUGUGUGUGUGCUUCCCGCGCUGCAGUCAAGCCUCCCUGCCUGCACACGUGCACCCCUCCAUGUUAAUCUCCUUUGAUGUUUAUGUGGUUCGGGUAGAGAGGGAAUGAAAACACGAACAAGUGCCGGAGGUAUUUCCUCUUCUCUUAACCUCCCUCCUGCGCUCCGACUGGAGUUUGCCAACUGGGUCACUGCGGAGGAGAGGUCAGGGAAAACAGGGGGAUGAGGGGAUACACCUAGAAGGAGGAAAGAGGACAAACGGAUGCAUCUCAAUGCUGGAAAAUGGGUUCCAUCUCUUAUCGCUCCUGUUUCCUCCACAGAUCUGAAGAGAGAGGCCAGUAUCUGUCACAUGCUGAAGCACCCUCACAUCGUAGAGCUACUAGAAACCUACAGCUCAGAUGGCAUGCUCUACAUGGUCUUUGAGUUGUAAGUUGGUUGUGUUUUGGCCUUUUUGUUUCUUGAAUGGUCACCUAUUGACUUUCUAUUCUAGAAUGGACUAAAUUGUAUAAUUUCUGUUCUAGAAUUGACUUGAUAUUUUGGAGUGGGCCCUCCCUAUUCACUUUCUGUACUAACGGUGUAAUCCAAAUUCAAUAAAGUUUUAUCUUAUGUGAUUUCUACCUCUCUGACAUAGUAUGGAUACAGCUGACCUGUGUUUUGAGACUGUGAAGCGGGCGGAUGCUGGUUUUGUCUACAGUGAAGCCGUAGCCAGGUAAAAACUUGACUCUUACGUUCCCAUAUUUCCUCUCUGCUGCUCCAGUAUGGACGGAGCUGACUUGUUUUGAAAUUGUGAAGCGGGCUGAUGUGGGCUUUGUCUACAGUGAAGCCGUAGCCAGUUAAACACACGUCACAAUUGACAUUUUCACCGAAGGCCUCAUUUGGAGUAAGUGGCCUUGUAUUCAGUGGUAGGAUGAUGAGAACCUUGGGGACUCUACAUGCCUGUGAUUAGAACUGCUUUUAGAAGGAGCUCUCUAAGAAGUAGCAGAGUUGCUAAUUCCCUCACUCACUCUCCCCCUCCCUCUUCAUUCUCUCUCUCCACCUCCCUCUUCAUUCAUUCUCUCUCCCCCUCCCUCUUCAUUCUCUCUCUCCCCCUCCCUCCCUCUUCAUUCUCUCUCUCCCCCUCCCUCCCUCUUCGUUCUCUCUCUCUCUCCCCCUCCCUCCCUCUUCGUUCUCUCUCUCUCUCCCCCUCCCUCCCUCUUCGUUCUCUCUCUCUCUCCCCCUCCCUCCCUCUUCGUUCUUGUCUUAUAGUCACUACAUGAGACAGAUCUUGGAGGCGCUGCGGUAUUGCCAUGACAACAACGUGAUUCACCGUGACGUGAAGGUAAGCUCCCCCACCCCACAUCUCCAGUCCCACGUCCCCCUUAUCUAAACAGCACUGUUGACACUUCUUCUAAUGGCAUCUAUUGAUUUCAAACAUAAUGACGUAACCAUUGGUGAUCCACCGUCUGUCUUCUCGUAUUGAGUGUAUAUUCUUGUAUAUUGAGUAACCCAACGAUAACUGACCCAUCAGCCCAUUGGGUUGUAGCAGUAGUAGUAGUAGGCCAACUAGGAAUGAAGGUGAGUUAAGCUGGGGCUGGAUUAGUGUGUAGUGUAAGGGGAAACCCUGCUGAAACCCUGUUUGAUAGGCCAGAAAGCACAGCUUCAGGAUUACCUCUCUAACAUACAGUAGGCCACAAUGCCAGACCAGAUGGAGCGAGCCCUGCCCACGGGCCUCAUUGGACAGACAGACACUGUCCAUCCUGCUCCAUUACUUUAGUCUGAUGGACACAGACAGACACAUUUAGUGACUCCCAGAGGGGAUAAGGGGAGCUUUUGCGUGUGUGUUAAUACCAAUGUCAGUAAGUCAGUGUGUGAGUGUGUGUUUACACAGUUACACACUCCCCCCCUGUGUUGUGUGUAUGUGGUGUUUAUAUGCAAGGUGUAUUUUUGUUUGUUGGUGUGUGUGUAUUUGUCUGUUUGAAUACUUAUGAUUUGGGUUGUAAGAAUUGUGGGUGUCAGACAGUGUUUCAGUGUUUGUGUUUCAGUGUGUGUGUGUCAUGGUGCCUGUGUGAGUAUUAGUCCCCUGUAGGUCAGUUGGUAGAGCAUGGCGCUUGCAACGCCAGGGUUGUGGGUUCGUUUUUCCCACGUGGGGCCAGUAUGAAAAUGUAUGCACUCACUAACUGUAAGUGGCUCUGGAUAAGAGCGUCUGCUAAAUGACUAAAAUGUAAAUGUAUUAGACAGCUGUAGUGGUAGUACGUAAUACAACCAGUAGAGGGGAGUGUGUAUGCUGCUUAUCAGUCAUUCAGUUUUCACCCCAAGGCUACUUUACAAUCCUUUUCAGUGACCUCCUGUCCUUCAUUUUGUAGGUACAAAACUGUCAUCUUAUACCAUUUAAGCUCACAUGUAUUUAUUGAUUGACUUUGUACAGUGUUAUAUCAGAUACGAUUGUGUCACAUAUUACUGA